AUGGCUUCCCAUCCUCUCCUUCCCCAUCUCCUCCCUCUAUUGGCAACUCUAUUUGCUAGGAUUCUUGCGUCCGACACAUCCAUCAAAACAAGCCUUAUUUACCCUUUUAACUGCGCUACUCAAAUCAACACAUGUAAUGCCUUUCUGUACCACAUGAACACCAGGGUAUCGGCAGAACAAAUUGCCUCUUUUUACUCUGUCAAUUUGUCCCAGAUGACGCCUAUAAUGCAUGGCAACAAGCAAGAUUACCUCAUCCGUGUACCUUGUUCUUGCACAGAUAUAGAAAGCACUGUGGGAUAUUUCUACGAUACAUCCUACCCUUUAAAACUAAAUGAUACAUUUGAUAAAGUCUCUGCUGAGAUAUAUAGCGGGCAAGCUUGUACGGGUGGAGGAGAUGAUCCAAUAUUAACGCCAGAAACAAAUUUAUCUGUUCAUCUUCCGUGUGGGUGUGUAGAGAGUGAUUCUCAAACAGUUGUAACAUACACGGUUCAGGAUAGAGAUACAGUAGCAGGAAUUGCUGCACUACUAUCUGCUCAACUGAGUGACAUUCAGAGGUUGAACAGACAACUUAUAGAAAACCUGACGUUUAUAGAGGUGGGCUGGGUGUUGUUUGUGCCUAUGGAGAAGAAUGGUAUCCCGCCUCCAAAGAGGGGAAAGAAAUGGAAAUGGCCAGUAAUCAUUGGCACAUUAUCGGCUGUGACAUUACUUUCAAUGAGCACAAUGAUUAUUGUCCUUCUCAGGAGAAAAAGAUGCCAACAGAAUGAGGAAGAUCCAAGAGCUGUAGCCAAAAGCUCGAGUGCUAAUAGAAUCUCUCUCUUCCAGAGUCAGUACCCGGAUAAAGAUACCAUGGAAGAUGCAACAGCUUUUGAAUCAGAGAGACCAGUAAUAUUUAGUCUAGAGGAGAUUGAAGAGGCUGCAGGUUACUUUGAUGCAACUCAGAAAAUCGGAGAGGGUGGAUAUGGGAGGGUGUACUUGGGAAUACUCCGGGGGCAGGAGGUUGCAAUAAAGCAAAUGAGAUCUAAUAAAUCCAAAGAGUUCUUUGCAGAACUAAAGAUCUUAUGCAAGAUCCAUCACAUAAAUGUGGUAGAGCUCUUGGGAUACUCCAGCGGAGAUGACCACCUCUACUUGGUCUAUGAGUAUGUUCGGAAUGGAUCACUUAGUUCUCAUCUGCACGAUCCACUGCUAAAAGGUCAUAGGCCUCUCUCUUGGACUGCAAGAACACAGAUUGCACUGGAUGCUGCAAAGGGUAUUGAAUACAUUCAUGACCACACAAAAGCUCGGUAUGUGCACCGAGACAUAAAGACAAGUAACAUUCUACUUGAUGAUGGGCUCAGAGCAAAGGUAGCAGAUUUUGGAUUGGCAAAACUUGUUGGGCGAAGCAAUGAGGAAGAUUUCCUGGCGACACGGCUGGUUGGAACGCCAGGCUACCUUCCUCCAGAAUCCGUGAAGGAGCUCCAGGUGACCCCCAAAGCUGAUGUAUUCGCAUUUGGAGUGGUUCUAGCAGAACUGAUCACGGGACAUCGUGCACUCAUCCGUGACAAUGGGGAACCCAACAGGAUGAAAUCACUAAUUACAGUUAUUAAAAACGUAUUCCAAGAUGAAUAUCCAGUGGUUGCUUUGGAAGCUGUCAUAGAUGGAAAUCUUCAACGCAGUUACCCUUUGGAGGAAGUAUACAAGAUGACAGAAAUUACUGAGUGGUGUUUGAGUGAAAAUGCAGUUGACAGACCAGAAAUACGAGACAUAGUUGUGACACUCUAUCAAAUAAUGAUGUCCUCGGUUGAGUGGGAAGCAUCACUAGGAGGGAACAGCCAAGUUUUCAGUGGGAUAUUUAAUGGAAGAUGA